UGGAAAGAUCACAAAUUUCAGCAAAGACAUAGGAACAGAGCAUAGUGUGCUUUAGCCUCUUAUUGUUUUAGAAGAGAAGAGAAGGAACAGCCUCCUCACCACUAUGGACCAAGUAAAUGACUGUGAUGAGCUACACUUUGCCCUGCAAGAGGCUGGAGAGAAGCUUGUACUUGUGGCUUUGAGUUCUAGAAGAUGUGGCCAUUGCAAAUUAACAACACCUUACCUUGAGUCCCUGAUUCCAAAGAUGCCCGAUGUAGUUUUUCUUAAAGCUGAUGUGUCUGAGUCACAGGAAUUCAUGGAGUUGUUUCAAGUUAAAGGAGUGCCAGCCUUUCAUUUCUUCUAUAAAUGCAACAGGCUGUACUAUUUUCAAGGAGCCAAUACUGAAUUCCUAGGAAACAAGAUAGAAGAACUAAGAAGAAAUUGCAAUCAACAAACCUCCUAAUCUGCCUGGUUGCAGUGGAAUUCUGUUACAUCUGUAUCUUUAGGCAGUUUCUGUACUGUAUCUAUUAAAGCACAUUGGACAGGUCAAUUUAUUGUGAUUUGAGUGUAUAUUCAGAAUGAUAAUAAACAGUCAGAUGCC